UCUUCCCGCCUAAUUUUUUUUCAGUCUGUGUCAAACUGACAAACUGACAUAACAGAUUCUGUGAUAUAUUCCGUUUGUAGAAGUAACAUAAGUAUAUAUGAUAAGGAUCAGGUACAAAGGACGAUAAUACGAGUUUACAGUCGAUUACAAUGCAAGAUACGAAGAAGCUACAAGAAUUCAUGGAGUUGGUCGGUCGGCUAAAGCAUAUGAAAAGAACAGGAUGGGUAAAACGGAAUAUACCUGAUCCUGAAACAAUCGCUGGGCAUAUGUAUCGAAUGGCAAUGUUAUCUUUUCUAGUGGAUGGAAAAGAAAAUUUAGAUAAAACUAAAAUAAUGCAAAUGACAUUAAUUCAUGACUUAGCCGAAUGUAUUGUCGGAGAUAUAACACCUCUCUGUGGUAUACCACCAGAUGAAAAGCAUAGGAUGGAAGAUAAAGCUAUGGAGGACAUAUGUAAAUUGUUGGGUGAUAAGGGACCUGAAAUAUUACAAAUAUUUCGUGAAUAUGAAAAGCAGGAAUCUCCAGAAGCGCAGUAUGUGAAAGAUUUAGAUAGACUAGACUUGCUAAUGCAAGCAUACGAAUAUGAGAAAAGAGACAAUAUUCCGGGAGAACUGAACGAGUUCUUUGUUGCGAUUAAUGGUAAAAUUAGACAUCCUUUUAUCAAUAAAAUCGCUACUGAUAUAACCGAGGAAAGAGAUAAAUUAUUAAAUGAUAAUUCGAAUGCUACAAAAUAACAAAAAAUACUCUGCGGAUAAAAAUCUAGAAGAGCAAGCUCCAACUAACUCAAAUGAUAUUUUAUGUUGGUUACUAUGUCACACGCGUCAACGAAACAUACUUAAAUAACGAUUAUUAAUAUUAAAUCUUAGUAUGUAAGAUUUUGAUAUAGGUAUGAUAGGUAUGAUAUAAGUAAUGCAAUAAUUGAUUAUUUAAUUUAUUUGAACGUUUGCUACUUAAGUUUAUUUAUAGAUUACAACAAAAAUAUGUAUUUUGCCUUUUGACUUUUAAUGUAUUGUCAUGCAUUAGUCAUUUUCUUAUUUAAACAGUUAGAGUGUAAAAUAUGUGCAUAUUUUUUAUCCCAUUUAUGUUAUUUAUUACAAUCAAUAUUUAAACACAGUGAAGCAUUACCAAAUAUUAUUUUCUAAACACCAUAUAGAUCAUAAAAGAAGAAAAUAUAUUCUAAUAUAUAUAUAAAUAUAUUAAAUUAAAUAUUUUAGUGUUUUUAUGUGCAGUUUUUAAAGAGAAACGAAUCACUGCCUUUAUAUUAUCACUGCUUUUCAAAGGUAUAUAUAUUCAUGUUUUCAGUUUUUUUACUUGUUAAUUUUUUCAUUAUUUCAAUAAAAAGUGAUUAUUGAAUUUUAGAUUUAAAAAUUUUAUUUAAGUUUAUAUUUUUAUUUUAUUGUUCUUUAAUAUUUUAUUUUUGAUGCUGUUUUUUAAAAUUUUCAUAUUUUUAUACUAUGUAUGUGUUUAAUGAUUUAUUUUAAUAUGUCUUCUCAUUCAAAUAUAUAUAUAAUUUUUUAUACCUCUCAUUUGAUUUUUCAUAAAAAAAUAGUAUAAAUUGAAUUAGAAUGAUGGAUAUAUAUAUAACAAUUUUUUUGUUUAAGCAAACUUGCUUUAAAAUUCAUUUAUUUUAGCGAAAAUUCUGGGUGUGUUCAAGGAGAUGUUAUUAGCGCUAAAAGCGUGCUUUGUCCUUGUUCAACUUUCAACAGUAACAAAGAUAGAACGACGCUGUUAGCGUCUGAUAGCGUUAAUUGUACUGAUAGCGUUUCCCUGAAAGUAUUCUAUGUGUUAUUAAUGUUUGUAUUAAAUUUUUAAAUAAUUUUAUAAUUUAAAUGUUAAAAUAUUUAUAAACUACUUUCAUCUUACAUAAUAAUAUAUACAAUACGUUGUAUAUAAAGUUGGAUCAAUUCAUUUAUGCAUGAAACACAAUUGUUGGACCAUAACUUCUAACUAUCAAAAUAUUUGUUUUACAAUUGAUAUAUAUAUAUUUACAGUUAGAAUGCUGUAUAGAAGAUAUAUAUUAAUUCAUUAUAUAUUGUACAUUUGACGAAAUAUACACUCAUUUAUAUUUAUAAAUAUGUUAGAUGUAUAAAUGAAUUUAUCACAAAAGAGAUGAACAAUAAGUUCAUAAUAAUUAAUAAUUGUUAAACGUAA